AUGGAUCUGGAGUCGGACGUGAAGCCGUUAAAGAAGACGAAGGAGAAAACUCGGAAGCAGACUGAGUCAGAGGACGAGUCGAAGGACAAGAAGAAGAAGAAGAAUGGCAAACCGAAGAAAUUCUACGUUGUUCGUACUUCCUUUUCCUUGAUUUUCGCUAUAAAUUCAUUUUUCAGGCACGUGUCCUCUACGUGGUCGCCUUCGUUCUCUUUAUGGUGCAUCUCGUCUUCUGGGCGCUCACCGCUCUCGUCGGUCUCCACGUCCUCGACGUGGAAUUCGUGGAAAACAUGUUUAUGAACUUCGGAUGA